AUGUUCCGCUUAAUUAGUAGAAGGUGUUAUUCGGUGCACGGAGCGCCAGCAAAGGCAUCAGCUUCUGCAGUACGCCAGCUCACUGUGAAAGAUAUUAUAGACAAAUAUCACAAUGGAAGUCCUAUAUCGAUGGUCACUGCGUAUGACUACAUCACAGCAAGCUGGGCACAGAAAGCUAACGCAGACAUGAUCCUUGUAGGAGAUUCCGUCGCGAUGUGCUCUUUGGGGUACGAGUCCACGACCCAACUUUCGUUGGAGGAAUUCAAGUACCACGUCGCAUCGGUGUGCCGUGCUCCUGGAAACGCAUUUGUUGUAGUAGAUAUGCCCUUCGGGUCAUUUGAGAAGUCUAUACCAUCGGGCAUCGAAAACGCCUUUCAAUUGCUACAUUUAAAUCCUCGAGUACAGGCUGUUAAAGUCGAAUGUGGUCUUGCUAAGAAUGAUUAUUCUUUGGAUUACAUGCGCGAAUUGAUCAGACGGGGUAUACCUGUAGUAGGUCACAUCGGAUUGACUCCGCAAAGAGUUCAUUCAUUAGGAGGUUAUAAAGUUCAAGGGAAUCAACAGACUGCAGACGCCAUCGCGCUAUACGAUGUAAGCCAGCGAUUACAAGAGAUGGGGUGUUUUGCUCUCGUCUUAGAAUGUAUUCCCCAUAAAAUUACAUCGGUAAUAUCCAAAAAGUUACAGAUUCCCACAAUUGGCAUUGGUGCGGGACCUGGUACUAGUGGACAGGUCUUGGUACAAUCGGACCUACUGGGUAUGCUUACGGGACACGUUCCGAAGUUCGUUAAAACGUACGCCAAUUUACAAAUUGACGCAGUUUCCGCUUUAAAUCAAUACGUAAAAGAAGUUCAAGAUAAAUCUUUCCCCAAGGUUGGUGAACACACCUUCAGGGUAAGUGAUGAAGUUUAUCAGGAUUUCGUCUCAAAGGUAGAUAAAGACACCUGA